CACACACCGAGCAGACUGGGUGGGGACUCGCAUCUGAGGCUCAGCUCAGCUCAGCUCAGAUCUCUGGCGAUCCAGCUGUUGCUGCUACUCCCGGCUCUGGGGGACUCAGGAAAGGAGGGGGGCAUUUUGCUUCUGACCACAUCUGGAUCCAGGAGGGAAGGAGAGGGACUCCGCCGUGCGCUCCAGUUUGUGAAAUCUUCGUCCAGGGCUUUGCUUACUCUUGAGGAGUGAACAUCCUCGGCUUGGAUCAUCUCCACACAGAAUAUCACAGGGGACAGUGACUUCAGCGCACCAGGAGGGGCGAGCACCCACAGGCCCACGAGGAAAGUUCAGAUGGCCAGCAACAACACCACCAGCAUAGCGCAAGCCAGGAAACUGGUAGAGCAGCUCAAAAUGGAGGCGAACAUCGACAGAAUAAAGGUGUCGAAAGCCGCCGCAGACUUGAUGGCUUACUGUGAAGCCCACGCCAAGGAAGACCCUCUAUUGACUCCCGUCCCUGCUUCAGAAAACCCGUUUAGAGAGAAGAAGUUUUUCUGCGCCAUUCUGUAAACCUCACAGGAGCCUGACCCCAAUUUGGGCCGCCCUGGACACUGAUGUAGAGAUUUUUCAGCAACGUGGACGUGUUUCCAGAGUCCACCCAAUUUAAAACAUAAAAUCAAAAUGGCCUGGAAGUUUACAGAGAAGUGCAUGAUCAAAAAAAAAAAAAGAGAGAAAACGGCUGCCUUCUUGGGAGAAUGCAAUGGUGAUGUUGACCUACGUUAUGAGGCUAAAGAUCUUGACAUCUGCAGAGUUGUCUGGAGAGGGAGGGGGGAAUGUGUAAAAGAGUAAAAUUGAUGUCCACUUACGCUCUUGCCAGAAAAAAAAACCUUUUGUCUUUUUCUUUAAAAAAAAAAAAGAGGGUUGCGCAGAGCGUGGUUGAAAAAGGUUGUGUAUCGGUGUGUGUAUGUACAUAAUAUCCUUAUUCCUUUUUUGUGUCCCCCCUCAAAAAAAAAUGUCACUCAGUUAUUUAUGUUGAAUCGUAAAAUUAUCGCAGCAGGUUAGAUUUAUUCCGAUGUUCCUUAGCAUUUGGGUCUUGUGCGUAUGUAGCAUUUUUAGAGUAGCGCCACGCGAGGGGGACAGGGGACCAAUUUGCAGUUGCUGUUCAGUCUCAGCCAACUUUUGUUCUUUCCCAAGGAUUUAACUAAGGAUGUGCCAUAGCUUUGGAAGGGCCUGGGAGGCCCGACUUGUACAUUCCUGACGUAGUUACUACCACUGUUUUUUCUAACACUUGUAUUUGGUAGCUUUUUUUGUUUGUUCUGCAAGUAAAAACCGUAUGUUGUUAUGGGG